AUGAGCACAAUGAAAAGCAUUGUCCUCGGCGCCUUCGUCGCGGCAAUCAUUGACUCUAUUUCCGCACAGACGGGGUCUGGUGGUGUAUCAAUUCCUCCAGAAUACUACUAUCUGUUGCCAGCAGGCUAUGAAGGCAGCAUCAACGCCAACUUCAUUGACACGGAAACCGGCAAUUCGUCAAUCGAUGCGAUCUUGGCUGCGGCGCGCAACUCAACCUUCUAUGCCUAUGACGAUUCGUUCUACACCAUAGUCGACGCUUCGCCUCAGAUCACAACGAUCAGUGCCAGCAACUCGACUUUUGUGGCGGCGAAGGAAGGUGGUGUGUGGGUGCCAGAGCACAAUCAAGUCUGGUUUGAUGGCGGCGGUGAUGAUCCUCGACCGUAUUACAUCCUCGACAUGAGCACCUACGAAAUCACUCCACCCGGAAACAAUACGAUCCCGCCAAUCGUUUCGGGAGGUUCCUACCACGACGGUGCCGUGUACUUUGCAUCACUGGGUCUGAAGUCCCUGUCUGCCGUCCCAGCCAUCUACGCAAUUGAUGUAGUCACGGGCUCGAGCUCGUGCGCUCAUCCCGGCGAGGACAACCUGUUCUUCACAACCCUCGAUCUCGGCGCCAACGGAGAGACGUGGUUGAGUGAUGCCGUCUUGCCCAAUGCCGUAUGGCGUUUCACCCCUUCCACCAAAACAGUCCAGGCGGUCAUCUCUCGCGGAGACAUCCUCGCGCCAAAUGGCAUCGCUGCUGACCCCAAUGGCAACCACCUCUACGUGAGCGAUGUAGCGCUUGUUCAACUCACUGGGCCGGGAUCCAACUCGUCAGGCUCGCCAGCAAUCUACAAGUUCGAUCUGGACGCCGAUUGCAACCCGGUUAACAAGCGUCUCUUUGCCAUCGAUAGGAGCGGCCUUGCAGAUGGAAUGAAGGUUGACAACUACGGUCGUGUCUGGACUGCCGAGUGGAACGGAAUUGUUGUCCGAGACUCGCGCGGGAGGGAACUGGGCGUGUUCAAUGGGGAGCAACUUGUGGAGGACGAAUACGCGCCGAUCGAGAACUUUGCGCUGGCGGGUGACAAGUUGGUAAUUCUUGCUGGAGACAAGAUACUGGUCGUGCAGCUCAACCAGGAUGUCACUGACCCUGCUUCUGCGACCAAGCAAAGACGUGGACUGCCUCACUGA